AUGAGGGUAAAUUCAUCCCCAUUAUCGCCCAAUACUACUACUGGCUCAACAGCUUCAGCAACAUCACCAUCGACGACGUUGAACGAUUCGAAUUUAUCUUUGGAUGAACUUGAUUCGUUAAGUAGUGCAUCUUCGAUGCAUUCGAAUACAAUACUAUUGAAUCAAUUUGUGGCAGCCGCUUCUAAAAAGACAAGAAAGAGUAGACCUACUAGUAAUGACAGUAUUGAUGGGUUACCUCAAAUUGGAAUUACUAAUGAAUUUGGAAAUGUAAAGAGAGUAGCAAGUCCUCAGGAGGAUGAAGAAAGUUUUGUGAUGAGUGAUUCUUCAAAGAGUGGAAUGACCAGUAAUACAUCGAGGUCUUCCUUCUCUUCAAUGAAUUCUUCAUUCUUUGAGGAGUUGGAGGCACAAUUUAUGAAUACAUCGAGGUCAAUACACUUGAUUCAUUUAUUAUUGCAUCCAGUGACAAAGGAAUUAUUCAGACAAUACUGUAUCAAGACGAGGGUUUGCGAGCUCUUUGAUUGCCUGGAGGAAAUUAGAUUGUAUUAUGUGGCAAUCGAUACAUUUAAAACACAAUCUCAUAAGAGAAAGAUUGAGGAAAUGAAACAUUUACUCAACACGAAUCAAAAUUCUCCCAAGAUCAGUGCCUCCUCUGAGAAUAUGUCUGUUUCUUCUAGUACUGAUUCUCUUAAAAGGAAGAAUAGAAUGUCAUUAUCAGCGAGUGGUACCAAACUCUUUUCAAACAAACGUCAAUCAGUAGCUCUCCUCUUUAAUAAUAAUAGUAAUUUGAUGGAAUUAUUGCAGGAGAAAAUUCAUCAGGAUAAGAAUAUGGAUGAGGAAAUUUCAUUUAUGGGAUUAUUUUCACUUGGAACACAGGAAAAGGAUCAAAUUACAAUAGAAGAUAUAUCAAAAGAGGAGAGGGAUUCCCUCAAGGAAAAGGCACAGAAAAUAUUCGACUCUUUUCUCUCUCCCAAAUCAAAUAGAGAAGUCAACAUUGAUAGCACACUCCGUUCUUCAAUAGAGACCAACUUGAAAAAUCUCGAUUCAGACCACUCUCUGUUUGAGAAACUUUAUGAGGAAUUACGUCUAUUAAUUCUAAGACAACUCAAAACUGACGUGUUGUUCAGGUUUGAAAAAUCAUCAGAUUGGACCACCUUCCUCUCUGAUACUCAUAAUGUUUCAGUGGUGGAACAAGUUAUGGAUUAUAGUAACUCUGUUUGGUCAGCCAAUGCAGAUUUUGGAGGAUUUAAACGAAUGACCAAGAGGGAUUGUGUCAGAGAUUAUGUCAAAAAGGAAGACUUUUCAUUCAUGAAACAUGUUUUAUUUGCACCUCUUCCACAUUGGAAAAAUCUUACAAAUACCAAAGCAACCAAUUCUCCCUUCUCAACAUCCUACUCGAAGGGAAAGUACUUCAUUGAUCAAGAAUCAAUUCGAUUGAAAUUUGGAUGUCUCAAAGAAACAGCCACUCUUCCUUUCAGUGCUGAGGAAGUUUUUGCAGCCAUUCACUCUAAACUCUUCCAAUCCAUCACAGAUGACACUCUCAAUGUCGAUGACUCGAUAUUUUGUCUCAAGAGCUUCUCUCACCGUGUAGUAGAAGGUAUUCUACCAACUGACAUAAGCAAGUUUUCUUUCAAUUUGCCAAUUCCACUUUCAAAUCAAAGAGGUUGUUAUCAAGCUCACUCUACAAUUUAUGAACCAGAGUCGAAACGAUAUUAUUAUUUCAGCAAACCAAUUCUAUUCAAUGAAAAUUACUCUUUCGAAAAAGAGUCUGUACAGUGCUAUUCAUUCAAUAUGGUUUGUGUGGAAAAGGUUGAUGACAGAAAUUGUAAAUACUACAGUGCUUUUAUAUCCAACUUUGGAGGAAUUUUGAAACACUUCUCCACCAAGGUUUUUAAGAGAAUUGCUUGGAAACGAUCGAGUCAAACUCGAAAGUCUAUGAUAGAAAAGCUCACUGAAAAUCGAGAUAGUUUAUACAAUAAUACUAGAGAUGGCUACGACACUUGUCUGGAUAAUCUCAAGAGCACAAACAUAAUCAUGAACACAAUCCAAAGUAUGUCCUUGUUGCCCUGCAACAACCAUAAAAUCUUCCGAUCGUAUCUCCCUAAAGCAAACAGCUUCUCCAUACCUAACACUUCUCAAGCCAUCAGAAAGCAAGCCUCCAGGCAAGAGUUUGCCAAAUUAUUAACAAAUCCUUCAAACUCAAUUGACCAAACCAGAGAAGGAACCUACGCUUGGUACAGGUACCAGUUAGAAAAGAACAAUAGAUUGGGUAACACACUCUUCAAAGACCCAAUCAUGACAAGAUUAGGUUUCCAGUCAACCUCCACAACAAGUAAAGAGUUGUUUCACUACUUUCGAACAUUUAAAACCAAAGAAAAGUGUUCGAAACAACAUACAUGUAAAAUUUAUGCAGACAAGACAGCUGGUGAGUUCUUAGAAGAAGGUGUACCAUUGGAUGCUGUUCUUCAUCAUUGUUUCUAUGGAGAACCUUUCUUUUUGAAUUCACUAUUGGAUGAAGCAUCAAUUGUGAAGGAAUUUCAACAUGAAAUUGUGGAUUCGAAUGGAAAAUUGAAACGAAACGAAAUGUUUACUCAUGCGCAGGAUAUUCUAUUACAUUCCCAUAGGAUGGACGAAAGCCAAGGCGAGAAAAUGUGGAGAGGAAUGAGAAGAUUGUCACUUCUCAUGUGCAGUGAAGCUGUCGUUGUGAAUCAACUUGAAAAAUUAUCACAAAAUCCAAAUUCACUCCUUCCUCAAAUGUCAAUGGAAAAAUUUGCCCAGUCAACUGCAGAUAUCUCAAUUUGUUUUCUUUCUACAUGCUCUGUUUGGGUUAAUUAUCAAUAUAAUUACAUGUCUCUUUCAAAUUCUGAUAAAUUUGGUACGAAACCCUUCUCCAAAAAUAAGGGAAUUUGCUCCUUCAUUUCCAAUUGUGAUAGAGGAGGAACAGAACUCAAACAACGUUAUGAACUAUUGCAAUAUCUUUCCAAGUACAUUCCAGUGAAACAAUUUGGCAAAUGUGGCAAGAAUUCACAAGAAGGAAAAGGCGGGAAACCUUUCGAAUUGGAAAAUAAUUGUCGAUUCUAUUAUGCAGCUGAGAAUUCCAUUACAAAAGAUUAUGUCACUGAGAAAUUCUUUGAAGGAAUCAAAGCACUGGAAAAUGGAGCUAGAAUGAUCAUGUUGUAUCGUGGGGCUCCAAAUUUGAGAAUUGAUUUCGGAUUUCCAAAGAGUUUGUUUAUUGACCAAUCGGAUUUCCAAUCUGUUGAUGAAUUGGGAAGAUUUUUGAAGAAACUAAAUGAAGAUGAUCAAGCAUUUGAGGAAUAUUUCAAUAGAAUGAUUAUUCAGGAAAGAAGCAAAGUCGAUAGUGCACUUGCUGGUUUCGAAUAUCGUUUAGGUUCGAAUAUUCCAUGUAGAAUUUGUAAGAUAAUAGGACAAAUGAAAUUGGCAAGAUAUCUAUUAUUCAAAAUUGGAUUCCAAUCAACAAAUAGACCAAAAAUUAAUUUGAAAGAAUGGAAUAAUUUCAAAUAUCAAAGAUUUUCAUCUUUUUCAGCCGAACGAUUGAAAAUUCUUGAUGAAAUUUAUUAUUAUGGAUACGAAAUCUUUCAUAAGGAGAAUAACAAUCAGAAUGAGUUUGGUCGUGGUUGGAACUUUGAUAAUUAA